UAUUUAACCAGGCGUAUCCCUCAGAAUCCCAAGUAUCAACACAUAAAAACCCGCCUCGAUACUGGAAACAGUUUGACAAAAUACACUGAGAAGUUGGAAGAGAUCAAAAGAAAUUACAGAUAUAAAAAGGACGAGCUAUUUAAAAGACUGAAGGUGACUGCUUUUGCCCAGUUGGUCGUCCAGGUUGCUUCUCUAUCUGAUGAAACCUUAGAAGUGACAGAUGAGGAGAUCCACAAGCUGGAAGCUGGUGAUUUGGCUGCUCCAGAUGCAGAUGCUGAACUCACGGCAGGGACAAAUGGGAAAGGAAGCCCUGAUGGGACACCCAGUCCCGUCCUGUUUGUAAACGAUGCAGGAGCUGGGGAAUCCUAUCGGUCUACGCUGCAGAGCGUGAUCAGUGGCGUUGGGGAACUGGAUAUAGAAAAGGACACUCCAAAGAAAGCGGACGCUCAGGCGAAAGACAUGCCUUAUCCCAACUGCCCCUUCCUGCUUUUGGAUGUACGGGACCGGGAUGCAUACGAGCAGUGUCACAUUGUUGGAGCUUAUUCCUACCCUAUUGCAACGCUGUCUAGAACCAUGAACCCAUAUACAAAUGAUAUUCUGGAAUAUAAAAAUGCACAUGGAAAACUUAUCAUUUUGUAUGACAAUGACGAGAGGUUAGCCAGCCAGGCUGCGACAACCAUGUGUGAGAGGGGCUUUGAGAACUUGUUCAUGUUAUCUGGAGGCCUGAAGGUCCUUGCGCAAAAGAUUCCCGAAGGUCUGAUCACCGGCUCGCUCCCCGUGUCCUGCCAGGUGGCAGGUCCCGUUGGAUCUGCCCGAAAAAAGACCUCUCCCAAAGUGCCACCCGCACCUGCUGAGAGUAAAUGGAGGUUUUCUGCAGAUGAUCUUCAGAAGAUAAAGUACUACCUAGAAGAGGAGCACAUUCCUUCAGACACUGCCAGCCGACUUAGCCGUGGUUCUUCAGGCCGCAAUGCCAGGGUGACAGCCAUGAGGAGCAACCCCAGUCUCCCCAGCACCGCCGGCAACGUGGGAUCCCUCAGCGCCCGCUCACUCAGCAGGAGCAGCCUCCAGAACAGGCCGUGGAAAUAA